AUAAUAUAAUAGUUAUAUUAUAUAUCUAUGUCACGAUUCUAGCUCGAGCAAAUACAGAUAACUGUCAAGAAUUUUAUUGGCUUUACAGUUACGUCUACAGCCUUCCAAAUUUCAGAAUACUGCUGAUGACAGUCAUAUGUACAAAUUAUCUUUGAUUCAUUGAUAGUUUUGUGAUUUGACGUUCGCAGAACAGUGGUUUUCAUAUUGACUUUGUUCGACAAAUAUUGAAAAUGAAUUUGAAAUUUUGUGCUAAUUUAUCGUUCAUGUACCAAGAAGUCGGUAAUCUCGUGGAACGAUAUAGUUUGGCUGCGAAGUCGGGAUUUUCUUCUGUUGAAUGUGCAUUUCCGUAUUCCGAUCCUUUGGAGAAAGUAGUGCAAGCAAAAACUGAUGCCAAUGUAUUACAAAUCUUGAUAAAUGCUCCUCGAGGAGAAGCUAAUGAACUCGGUUUCGCGGCAAUCCCAGGCAUGGAGGACCGUUUUCGUUCAUCUAUCGAACUGGCUAUGUCUUAUGCCAUUGCAUUGAAUUGUUCCAAGAUUCACGUAAUGGCUGGAAUCGUUAUACAGCCAUCUGAAGCCAAUCACAAAGCUUAUGAAAAGAACUUGUCAUAUGCUGCUAAGAUUUUUGAAACUAAAGGCAUUAUAGGUUUAAUCGAGCCCAUCAAUAAACAUUCUGCUCCAGGAUAUUAUUUAAAUUCAUACGAACGAGCUGUUGACGUUCUGAACAAAAUUAACAGUCCUAACUUGAAGCUACAGUUGGAUAUAUUUCAUUUGCAACAAAUCAAAGGAGAUCUAACUAAUAACAUAAAAAGUUUGUUACCUCAUGUGAGGCACAUACAGUUGGCUCAAGUUCCUAAACGCAAUGAACCUAAUACUCCAGGUGAAAUAGAUUAUAAUUAUAUUUUUCAACUGUUGGAAGAACUUAACUAUAGUGAAUGGAUUGGUUUGGAAUAUAACCCUAAAGAUGAUACGGAUAAAGGUUUAUCAUGGUUAAGAAAUUUAAAAGGAUCUGACAAAUUUUGAUUUGAAAAAUUUAAAAAAUGUAGGUAUAUUACAAGCAUUAAAU